UUUUUUAACCUUAUAUAUAGUUAGUUUUAACCAAUCCAGGGCAGGUAACUGUCCUUUCUCCCCACGGUUAACUCGUGUCAAGUCGAGAUUUACACGCCGGUUCAUUCCACGUAAAUUACAAAGAUGACCCACCCCCUUUUGUUUGAUGGCACAUGGGCCCAGCAGUGGAAGUAUGAGUCAGCGGAGGCCUUCUAUCAGGAAGUCGUCUCAGGAAAUAAAGCAACCACUCCCACACAGACACGGGACUCAAAUAAGGCUCAAGGAAGCAACCUUAAGUCCGAACUUGCACAGGCUCGACAAAACAUCACAAAAGCUUUAAAUGAAGGAUCCAGCCAGACAGGAAGUGGGGCAGCAGCAGACCAGCAAGUGCUUGCACGCCUCAAGGCCUUGGAAACCGAAAACAAUAACCUCAAGAAAGCCUCCCAGGAUCUGACAGCACUUGUAAAGAAAUUGGAGACCAGAGUUGUUGCCCUUGAGAAGUCGGGUGGCAGCACCCCAGCUGCUUCUUCCGCACCGAAAACUGAAACAAAACCUGCGGCUAAAGAUGAUGAUGAGGAUAGCGACUUUGAUCCCUUUGGAGAUGAUAGUGACAGUGAUGAUGAGGAAACAAAAAAGCGACUAGCUGAGUACGCUGCAAAGAAAGAUAAAAAGCCUGUUCUGAUUGCAAAGUCCAGCCUGCUGAUUGAUGUGAAGCCGUGGGAUGAUGAGACGGACAUGGCAGAGCUGGAGAGGCUAGUGAGGACUGUAACCAUAGACGGCCUACUCUGGGGAGCAUCUAAAUUGGUACCUGUUGGCUAUGGUAUUAAAAAGCUGCAAAUCAACGCUGUCAUUGAAGACGAUAAGGUCAGCACAGAUGCCCUUGAAGAAGCCAUCACAGGGUUCGAGGAUCAUGUACAAAGUAUGGAUAUAGCUGCCUUCAACAAGAUCUAGUUAUGUGGACAUUAACAGUGGACUGACCAUUUUCAGGUGUCAUCUUAAAUCUUGAAUGUACGAUGUUAAAGAUUUGUUCAGAUAUCAUAUUGCAUGCCUUGUUUUCGUUGCUUGGAACAUCAAAUUUGGUUUCAAUAAUUUUCAAUUAAGAUUAAAAAGAUUUAUAGUUUAUUUAGCACGGUUAUUCGAAAUUGUGAUGAAAGAAAAUGAGAAAUAAGCAAGUGCUUUUAUUUCAAAGAAAUACAUGUAAAUAAAUAUUAAAAGUCAUAUAAGAAUAAAUAUUUGUACAUGAAA